AUGGUGAAAGAGGAGCUGAGGAGCUGUGAGAGUCUGUGUUGUCCAGGACCAAAUGUUCUGCUGCUGUUAGUGAAGCCCUCAACGUUCACAGAGAAGAAGAGGGAAACUCUGAAGUUCAUCAUGAGAUUGUUUGGCCCAAAUGCUUUUACACACUCACUGCUCAUCAUGACACAUGCAGAGGUCAACAGUUUCUCUGUGAAUCAGCUGCUUAUAGACUGUGGAGGACGACAGUACAGGAUGUUUGAAAAUAACCACAGACUGUUAAUGAAGAAGAUCGAGAAGAUUGUAGAUGAAAACCAAGGAGCCUUCCUCUCCACUGAAGAGGCCAUGAGACCGAAGCCGUCUUUAAACCUGGUUGUGUGUGGGAGGAGAGGAGCAGGGAAGACCUCAGCAGCCAAGACCAUUCUAGGUCAGACAGAGCUUCACUCAGUCUCCAACUCCCCACAGUGUGUUAAACAUCAGGCAGAGGUGUGUGGACGUCAGGUUUCCCUGGUGGAGCUUCCUGCCUUGUAUGGAAAACCUCUGGAGGCCGUGAUGGAGGAAUCACUCAGGUGUAUCUCCCUCUUUGGUCCUGAGGGCGUCCAUGCCCUCAUCCUGGUCCUACCUGUGGAUCCCCUCACUGAUGAAGACAAGGGAGAGUUAGAGACCAUCCGGGACACGUUUGGCUCUCGAGUCAGGGACUUCACCGUGAUCCUGUUCACUGUGGAGUCAGAUCCUACAGCUCCAGCUGUUGUUGACUUUGUCAGAAAGAGCAGAGACAUCCAGGAGCUCAGACAGAGCUGUGGAGGAAGAUGUGUUGUUCUCAGCAUCAAGGACGGGCAGCAGGUCCCUGAGCUGCUCCACACUGUGGACACGAUGACACUGUCCAAGGACAAACCAUGCUGCUACACAGCAGAGACAUUUGCACAGGCCCAGAUGGACAAAGUCAUACAACAAGAGGAAAUCAUCAUCAUCACACUAAAGGUUGAGCAGGAAACAAAAAAUACAGUCACCUGUGAAGAAGAGAAGCAGAGCCCAGAGUGUCUGAGGAUUGUGCUGUUAGGGAAGACUGGCAGUGGAAAGAGCUCUACAGGAAACACCAUUCUGGGAAGGAAGGCGUUUAGAGCUGAGCUAUGCAUGACAUCAGUCACGAGACAUUGUCAGAAAAAAGAGGGACAAGUAGUAGAUGGCUGUCGUGUUGCUGUGGUCGACACUCCUGGUCUGUUUGAUACUAGUUUGUCCCAUAAAGAGGUUUAUGAGGAGAUGAUGAGGUGCAUCAGUCUUCUGGCUCCAGGACCACAUGUCUUCCUGUUGGUGUUACAGAUUGGAUGACUCACACCAGAGGAGAAGGAGACGUUGAACCUAAUUAAGAAGAAUUCAGAAAAGUUUGGCAUCAUUCUGUUCACAAAAGGAGACGAGAUGAAUCAUUGCAAGCUAACAAUUGUAGAAUAUAUUGAAAGAAAAUCUGAUGAUUCCUUUAAGAAGCUGAUCUCUGACUGUGGAGGAAGAUACCAUGUGUUUAAUAACCGUGAUGAACAAAACCACACACAAGUCAGUGAGCUGAUAAAAAAGGUCGACUCCAUGGUGAAGGAGAACAGAGGCAGCUGCUACACCAACGAGAUGCUGCAGGAGGCUGAAGGAGCGAUAAAGAAGGAGAUGGAGAGGGUCUUGAAGGAGAAGGAGGAGGAGGUGAGGAGGCAGAGAGAAGAGCUGGAAAGAAAA